AUGGUGUCGCGGGGGCUCUUCGGCUGGUCGCCGCCGCACGUGCAGCCGCUCACGCCCGUCUCCGAGACCUCCGAGCCGCCCGAGUCGCCGUCCCCCUACGCCGCCGACUUCGGCUCCGGCGACGGCGCCGCGCCGCCGGGCCCCGACGACGACCCCGGCCUCGACGACGCGGACGACGACGGCCCCGAGCCGCCGCCCGCCGCCGUGCCCUUCAAGCGCCUCUUCGCCUGCGCCGACCGCCUCGACUGGGCGCUCAUGGCCGCGGGCGCCGUGGCGGCCGCGGCCCACGGGGUCGCGCUCGUCGUCUACCUCCACCUCUUCGGCAAGGCCAUCAACACGCUCCACGGGCGCCACAGCCACCAGCUCUUCGACAGCAUCAAGCAGAUGUUAGCGCUCAGAUAUUGA